UGUUCGUAUUUUAUUUUCUACCAACUUCAGCACAGAUUGCAUGCUCUUCCGGUUUCAAGCGCGCGCUGGUUUGUUUUCAAUUUCAAUACACUGCCACUGUGACAGGGAUUGAGAGCCAACUUUUAUGUUUCAUCUUUAUUUAUUAGACUAGGGGUUUAUUUGAUGCUGAUAUCAUCAUGGAUAUUGAUGAUGAAAGGAUGCUAGAUGAAGUACACUCCAUAGCUAGCCACGCCAAGCUAGAACUGAGCGACCUGGCGGGGCAUCCGCAGUGUAUCUACUUUGGUGAGGAGUUGAACCCAGCGUCUAUGAGGUUACUUGAGGUCGACAGUACCAUUCUGAAGUGCGUUGUUGAAGGUCAAAGACUCAUCAUUCGAGGGGACAAGACGGAUCAUGCUGUUCUGUGCACAGACAGUAAGACGUACGAUCUCAAAGUAGCAGAAACAUCCAAUACACUCCUGGUACUCAAAGACUGUUUCACAAAAGACAACUUGCCAAGCGGUGAAAACAGAUUGCAUCAAAAAAGAGUUACAGGUGUCUCGCAUUCGUACCUUGAACUACGCCCUCUCAGGCCACGACUGAAGAAGCUCCAGAUGCUCUUGAAGGAGAACCCCUUUGCUGGAUCCAUUUACGAGGAUACUCCUGAGCACUCAGGCAAGAGAUACACCAUGGACAUGCUCUUAGAUAUUGUACAGGCCAGUGAAGGGGAGAUACGCGAUGAGCUCAUAUCGAUAAAAGCUUGUCUUAUUGAUGGUCAUUGGCGGGUCCUAGACUUUGACUACGAGUCCCAGGUCCUUACUCACAUCCUAUCCCUGGUCCAAGAGAAUUCCUGGUCCUACGAUGAAGUUCCGUUGGAAGAAACACUCUCGACCCUGGAAAAUCUUGAACCAAGGCCUAUAUUAGAACAUUGUUUGAAAUGUUGUGGAGACUUUACCAGAGGGAAAAACGAUGAUGGUUCUGAAGAAGCCAUGUACAGUUUAGACCCAGACAAGGUCUGCAGAUUGUUUGCAGAAAUGUUGUUAAGACCAGCCGAUAAGUUCAAUCUGACUGAAUUUCUAGAAGUCUGGCAGCAGAGUGUACCAGAGGGUAUGGUUACUACUGAACAACAACUGAAGGGCCUGGCUCUCAUAGAUAGGUCAUGCUCUCCACCCGUCACGUGGCACUUCCCGCUCUCAGAUCUCCCAGAGAAUGAACGAGAAAGGUUUGAUGUCUUGUUUAAAACGAAGGAGAGAUGGACGCUAGAUGAGAUUACCUCUUACAUAGAAGAUCUAUCAACAGAGAAGUUAUCGGUGGGUGCGCUACUCCAGAGGAACUGCCGGACAUCACUCAAUGCUGCAGGGAUCAGAGUUUAUAACACAAAGAGGCCCAUCAAGUGACACAAUAGACCAGUUCACGGAUAACACAGUUCACAGAUAGCACAUGUCCCAAAUGACCCAGAGUGUCCACAGAUCUACAAAACAUGAAGAGGUCCCACGUUGUACAUUUUGAAAUAAUCACUCCUACAGCGAUGGAGGUGCUACAUAGAUAGCCUUUGUUUCCCCUUUUGAAAUAAUACUUCCACCCGUGUAUUAUGGAGUGCACUGCUUGUGCAUGAAUGAAUAAUGAUUAAAUAACUUUCAUGAGCACGUA